GCGGCGGAGCAGGGAGCCCCGGCCGGGCGGGAGGGCGAGCGGGCGGGGGGAGCGCCGGAGCGGGAGCCGGAGCCGGAACCGCAGCCGGGCCCGGCAGGCACCAGCAGCGCCCAGGCCGGCCCGAGCGGCCCGCGUGUCCCGGCCCGCCGCCCCCAUGGCCGCGGCCAAGGCGGAGAUGCAGCUCCUGCCCCCGCUGCAGAUGGCCGACCCCUUCGGCUCCUUCCCGCACUCGCCCCCCGCCAUGGACACGCACUACCCCAAGCUGGAGGAGAUGAUGCUGCUGGGCGGCGGCGGGCCGCAGUUCCUCACGCCCACGAGCGGCCCCGAGAGCGGCGGCUUCAGCGCGGCCGCGGAGCCCGCGGAGCAGCCCUUCGAGCACCUCGCCGCAGACACCUUCCCCGAGAUGUCUCUGAACAACGAGAAAGGCCUGCCGGAGACCAGCUACCCCAGCCCGGCCGGCCGCCUGCCGCCCAUCACCUACACGGGCCGCUUCUCCCUGGAGCCGGCCCCCAGCAGCAGCAGCAGCAGCAACAUGCUGUGGCCGGAGCCGCUCUUCAGUCUGGUCAGCGGGCUGGUGGGCAUGGCGAACGCCCCGGCCCCGGCGCCGCCGGCCUCCUCCGCCUCCUCGCAGAGCCCCGCGCUCAGCUGCUCGGUGCAGCCCAGCGACAGCAGCCCCAUCUACUCGGCGGCGCCGACUUUCCCCAGCUCCGGCGCGGAGCUGUUCCCCGAGCCCCAAGCGCAGCCCUUCGCGAGCCCUCCAGGCGCCGCCGUCCAGUACCCGCCGCCCGCCUACCCGGCCGCCAAGUCCGGCUUCCAGGUGCCGAUGAUCCCGGACUACCUGUUCCCGCAGCAGCAGCAGCAGCAGCAGCAGCAGCAGGGGGACGCGGGCCUGGCGCCCGCGGAGCACAAGCCCUUCCCGGGCCUGGAGAGCAGGCCGCAGCAGCCCUCGCUCACGCCGCUGUCCACCAUCAAGGCGUUCGCCACGCAGAGCGGCUCGCAGGACCUCAAGACUCUCAACGGCGCCUACCAGGCGCAGCUGGUCAAGCCGAGCCGCAUGAGGAAGUACCCCAACCGGCCCAGCAAGACGCCGCCGCACGAGCGGCCCUACGCCUGCCCGGUGGAGUCGUGCGACCGGCGCUUCUCCCGCUCCGACGAGCUGACGCGGCACAUCCGCAUCCACACGGGGCAGAAGCCCUUCCAGUGCCGCAUCUGCAUGAGGAACUUCAGCCGCAGCGACCACCUCACCACGCACAUCCGCACGCACACGGGCGAGAAGCCCUUCGCCUGCGACAUCUGCGGCCGCAAGUUCGCGCGGAGCGACGAGCGCAAGAGGCACACCAAGAUCCACCUGCGGCAGAAGGACAAGAAAGCCGAGAAGGCGGCGCCCGCGCCCGCCGCCGCCUCCCCCGCCGGCGCCCCCUACCCGGCCCCCGCGCCGGCCGCCUACCCCGCCGCCUACCCGUCCCCGGGGCCCGCGUCCUACCCCUCGCCCGCGCCCUCCUCCUACCCCUCGCCCGCGCACAGCACCUUCCCGUCCCCCUCCCUCGCCACCACCUACCCCUCCGCCUUCCCGGCCCAGGUGGCCGCCGCCUUCCCGUCCCCCGCCGGCGCCAGCUCUUUCAGCUCGCAAGUGACGUCAGCGCUGUCAGACAUGGCGUCAGCUUUCUCGCCAAGGACCAUUGAGAUCUGCUGAGCCUUAGGGACAGGCCACUCCAGCCGUUCCCGCGGCUCAGGCCGCGCCCCUCGGCCCGCAGCGGAGCCCGGAGCUCCGGCUGCCUUCCAGGUGCCCGCCCCGUCGGACGGAGGACUCGAUUGCAUGGACAGUGGAUACACGCUCCAUAUGACUUUCCCCACGAGGGGGAAGGACCCCUUGAUUCAUACAUAACCUGUGUGUAUUGUAUACGUGCCAUGGUUCUGCUUUCCUUGGGGUACUUACUAUUGCCGUGACAGUCCCUUGCCUAUUCAUGCGGUAUCUUCGGAGGUCGCGGGGCCAUCCUUUGUAAAUGGUAACUCUACUUUCGUGACAAAGCUGUAAUGAGUUUAACACUUAGUUGAGAACCAGCACUUACUCUGUAUCCGAGCAUGUACGAGUGGUGUCCUGUACAUAGCACCCGACGAGACACUCUCACGCGGCAGAAGUUUUCGUUCCCCAGUUCCGAGUCUUGGUGCCUUUGUGAAGCCUUGCUGACGCCAUGCAUUGCUGUGAACGGGUGCCCGCGUCUCGCCUUAAGGGGCCGGGCUGUUCCCGGACCGUCCUCAAGAGCGAUGCGGGGAGCGGGGAGGCGCAGGAGGAGCCCGAGGACAGGAUGUAAGCAAAAAACUCUCAAAGUAUAUUUUUGUUACAAAAAAUGUAAAUUUAUAAAUAUAUAUAUAAAUAUAUAUAUAUAUAUUCAGGAGUUGGAAUGUCGUAGUUACCUACUGAGUAGGCAGCAAUUUUGUAUGUUAUGAACAUGCCGUUCAUUAUUUUGUGGUUCAUUUUUACUUUGUACUUGUGUUUGUUUAACCGAAAGUGACUGUUUGGCUUCAACACAUCGAAUGCGCUUUACUGCCAAUGGGAUCCUUGGUGUACGAUGCCCGCCGGAGACGUCAAUAAACUAUCAAACCGA